AUGGCAGCAAUAUUGUUGGCAUGCCUAUUGUUGGGUAGUCCGGCCUUGGGAAAUGCCCAUCACCAGAACAGCACAUACACCAACCCUAUUCUACCCGGCUUCCAUCCCGAUCCCAGUUGUAUAUUUGUUCCAUCGUGGGACAAUACCUACUUCUGCGCCUCAAGCAGCUUUAAUGUCUUUCCCGGGAUACCCAUUCACGCCUCCAAAGACUUGCGGAAUUGGAAGCUGAUUGGAAAUGCUAUCUCGCGGCCAGAGAUGCUGCCCAAGUUGGCGACUACAGUCAAGGAUACGAGUGGCAUAUGGGCGCCGACACUUAGGUACCAUGAAGGCAGCAGCGACAGUACUAUGAACAGCAGCGAUCGUGGGAAAGGUAGAUUUUGGAUUAGUGCGACUCUUGUCUUUGAUAAUUUGGCUGCCGACAAUGAAUCGCGUUGGGACAAUUUUGUGAUCAGCACAGACGAUCCGUUCGAAUCAGACAGCUGGACGGAUCCCGUGCAUUUCGACUUUGGUGGCUACGAUACCUCCUUAUUUUGGGAUGAUGAUGGACAGGUCUAUGUAACGGGAAGUCAUGAAUACAAAGUCUGGCCUGGGAUACAAACUGCCACGAUUGACUUGCAGACAGGCGAAACAGGAACUUGGUUGAAUCCCUGGAAUGGCACAGGAGGUUUAGCACCAGAGGGUCCGCAUCUAUACAAGAAAGAUGAUUAUUACUACCUGCUGCUCGCCGAAGGCGGCACAGGAGAAGGGCAUAUGGUCACCAUGGCACGAUCCAGGAAUAUCAGCGGACCUUAUGACCCUGCGCCUCAUAAUCCCGUACUCACUAACGCCAAUACCACUGCUUUUUUCCAGGCCGUGGGUCACGCCGAUCUGUUUCAGGAUGUGCAUGGUAGCUGGUGGGCAGUCGCCUUAUCAUCGCGCUCGGGGCCGGAUUUUAAGAAUUAUCCCAUGGGAAGAGAGACGGUGCUAACCCCGGUUACUUGGGCAAAGGGCGAGUGGCCAAUCUUUGAAAAUGUCAGUGGGAUCACCAACGGAUGGGAACUCCCUUCAGACCCCGUCCUUGUCUCUGGCGGCGAGGGACCUUAUGUCGAUAGCCCAGAUCAUCUAACGUUCUCGCCGAAUUCGAUAUCGCCAUUACAUCUGAUACAUUGGCGACUACCCACCCCCGAUACCUACCUCGUAUCACCGCCAGGAUAUGAGAAUUCGCUGCUACUUCGUUCCUCAGUACUCAAUCUAACCUCCACCGAUGGACUAUCCACAGACGGUGAGGGCCAGACAUUCAUUAGCCGACGACAGACAGAUAGUCUAUUCACAUAUCAGCUAGACAUCAACGCUUCCAGUCUGCGAAACCAGGAAGAUGAGGCGGGGGUCAGCAUCUUCCUAACAGAAGCGUACCAUAUCGACCUAGGCAUCGUACUUCUUCCACAAGGAAACAAUACUGACACGACCACUGACCUCGCACCAUUUUUCCGUUUCCGUGGAAUGUCGGGCUAUGCUGUCCCCGAGACGCUGUUCCCAUUCCCACCGUAUAUGUCUAUCGAUUCACCGAUCACCCUAAAAAUCAAGGCGUUUAACUGCACACAUUACUCAUUUGCCGCGGGACCAAGCGACACUAGGCAUCUCAUGCAGACAUACGGCGUCGCGCGUGGAGACCAGUUAAGUGCGGGCUUCACGGGGACGUUACUUGGACCUUAUGCAACGACGAAUGGUAGAGACGGCAGUGUGAAUGGAGAGUUUGAGGUGGCCGUUGGUAACUGGACGUAUUUACCACAAGGGCAGAUUGUCAAUUAGUGGAUGGGAAUUGCUCUCCUUUUCCAAUUUUGCUUGUUGCAGGUUUUACCCGGUACGAAUAAAUUAGAAUAAGGUAAGAAUUAUAUCAAGUAAACAUUUACAUUGGAAACAAGAAAUAGAUAUCGC